AUGAUUUGCAAAAUAGUUAAUCUACAUCUUAUAAAUUUAAAUAAUCAAAAUAUUGAUAACAACCCACAAAUUAAAGAACAGCUUCAGCAAUUGCAACAACAACAACAACAGCAACAACAAUCUAUACAACAAACAUUACAAUCUUAUCAACAACAACAACAUCAACAGUAUCAACAAAGACAACAACAAUACCAACAACAAUAUCAACAACCUUACUCUAGUCCUUCCCCACCCCAACAACAACAAUCACCUUAUAAUGAAAACGUUGAUUCACCAAUUCAACAACAAACUCAAAAUAAUUUAAAUUUACAAUCAUCAAUUUUAGAACAAAUUCAACAAUUACAACAACAACAACAAAAUAUACAACAGCAGCAACAACAGUUUUUAAAUUUAGAUAAUAAUCAAGGUGUAGAGCCAAUUCCACCAUUACAACUACAACAACCAUCACAAAAUAUUCCAACACAACUUCAAUUACAACAAAUUCAACAUUUAUUACAACAACAACAGCAACAACAGCAACAACAACAACAGCAACAGCAACAACCAUUACAACAGCCAUUACAACAACAACAGCAACAACCAUUACAACAACCACAACAACAACAACCAUUACAACAAAAUUUCGAUAAUCAAAUUAAAUAUCAAACCAAUCAACAAAAUCAAUUUUUUAAUACACCAAUUUUAGAUCAACAAAUUUUAACUUCAAUUAAACCAACCUAUUCACAAAUUGCUAAAACAAAUAUACCAAAUCUUCAAGCUACAAAUAGUAGUACACCACCAUUAGAAGAUUUAACAGGUGAAUCAUCAAAUAAAAAUAAAAAUAAAGGUAAACAAAAUAAAACAGAUAAAGCUUCACAAUCAUUUAAUACCAGCCCAAAUUCAACAAAGGGUAAAGGUAAAAAAUCAACAACACCAACAACAACCACCACCACUACCACAUCAUAUAAAAAUGAAAAAACCUCACCAUUACAAUCAUCAUCAUUAUCAAUAAAUACAUUACCAACCGAUAUUGUUGGAAUAUCAAAUGAUAAUUUAGAUGACGAUGAAAAAAAGAAAUCAAUCAAUAGAAUUAAUCAAAAUUUAGCAAGCAGAAAUUAUCGUCAAAGAAGAAAAGAAUAUAUUAAAGAAAUUGAAAAUAAAAUGGCAGCACUUACAUUUGAAAAUCAUCAAUUAAAAAAAGAAAAUGAAUCAUUAAAGGAAACUGGUGGUGUUGAGGUUAUGAGACCCGAACCAGAGUUAAUUACGAUGGUUAUGGAGGGCAAACAAAUUAUUAUUCAAUUAAGUCAAGCCCUUAAAAAGAGUGAUGAUAGAACAUUAAUUUAUUUAUUACAUUUAUAUCAUUGCUCUAUUACAAAAAGAUAUUCAAUUGUAGAGAGAGAAGUCGAAAAAAUUGUUCAUCCCUACACUCAAUCGAAAUUAGCAUCCAUGGGCUACGUUCCAAAGUCUGAUAAAAUGUUUUUAAAUAUUAUUGCAGGGCCCGCAAGUGACUCAUGGUUUCAAUUAUUCAAAAAGGAAGCCGAUAUUAAACCAGAACAAGAGGUUAAAUUGGAGGCAUUAAGAUCACAACAUAGCAAAAUUGAUAGUGCAUUGUUGGCUGAAAGAGAAGAGUUGGAUAAGGAUAUAAAAAGAUUUUAUUAUACCAAAAUUUUAGUACUCCCAAAUAAUCCAUUAGUUAUUGGCGAUAUUCCAGCACAACCUUAUGGUGGCGAGCUUUCACAGGCACCUAUUACAAAUAGUCCUUUGGAGAUAAGUCAACUUUUAGAUUUUGCAGCAUCACUUAGCUCAAUUUUAUCUCCAAGACAAGAGGCCAUGUUAUUAGUUAGAGUCCAUUUUUACACUACUUAUGAUAUUGCUCAAAUGGAGUUAUUAAAAGAUGUAUGGACCAAUAUCGUAUCAUCUAAAAACUUUACUGGUCCUUUAAAUAUUGCCGAAGCUUUAAAAAAAAUGUCAGAAACAACAAAUGCACAACCAACUAUUGAUACAAUCGUUAAACCACCACAAUUUCAUCAAUAUACACCAAAAUCUUUAUCUCAAAAACUAAAUAAUAGUGAUAAUAAUUUUACAUUUAUUAAUAAUAAUAAUUUUUCAUCCCCACCAACUUCGUCAUCAUCAUCAAAAAAACAAUCUAAAAACAAUAUUAAUAAUAGUAUUGAUAAUAAUAAUAAUAAUAAUAGUAAUAAUAGUAAUAAUAAUAAUAAUAAUAAUCAAAGUAAUGGUAGUCAAAAUACUAUUAUUAAUAAUAGUAUUCCAAAUAAUAUUAAUUUAUCAAAUAUACCCUUAAAUGUAACAUCAAAUGAUACAACAUCUCCAUAUUCGACAUCUAAAAAAUACCAAUGGUAUAGUUAUCCUCAACAACCUCCACCAUCUUAAAAGUUUUAUUUUUUUUAAAAAAAAUAGAAAAAGAAAAGAAAUAAAAUUAUUCAAUUUUUUUUUUU